AUGGACGCUUUAGAGUUCUCACAUCGCAGGAGGCCCAAGAGAAAUGGGCCGUGGGAUGUUCCAUUACCCCCCGGUCCUCUGCAGGAUAUAAAUUGCAGUGGGCAGAAUUACAACAACAGGCACGCGACGAUGCCGUUGGAACACGAAAGCAUGCGCGCAAAGCGCAAGAGAACAGAUGGUAGCAAUGCAACAACAAACAACCCCGCGACGAGGGAGAAAAGAAGAAGAAACGGCAAAACACCAUCACCAAGAAUAACAACAAAAAGAAGAUUGACCACCAUCAAACAGUGCAGCCUUGUUCAAUACAUGUUCGUAUGGCUUAUGUUCACCUACGAUCUUUACUGUUACCUUGAGUACAUGAAAUGUCAGGUAUAA